AUGCUGAAGGACGUGCCCGAUUCGGCGACGAGGACGGCAGAGGGAGGAAGCAACAAGGACUCCUUGGGGCUUGAGCUAAAGCGGGGGGUGGCCAUCGUGGCUCGCGCGUUCGACGUGUGGUGGGCUAGCCGCAACGACUUCCCGGACAUGGACAUCGUGACCACCCUUCACUCGUCCAUGGAUGUUGGACUUCAGCUUACCCUGAUGGAUAGCGCCCGAGAAGCCUUGGUAGACCCCCACCACUCCCCCUCCACGCUGCCGCCCUACGUGCCGCAAGACAUCAUGCGCCCCGCCUGUAGCCAGGGCUACAUUGUCGGGAUGGCGAUGGACGACAUGGCCAACGACGGCAACGCAAAAAGGACGGAUCUGACAGAGACCUUCGCUCGAAUCUCGACGGAAGCCGCGGAGGCCCAGGGCCGCCCGAACCACACCGACAUCACCGACAUCCUGGUGUGGAAGGCCUCUUGCCCGCACUACAACGUGCAGGUCAAGUCCGGGCCUCUGGCCAACGCCCUCGCCUCCGAGUUCGGCUUGGACCUGAGCAAAGGCGACGCUGUCGCCUCUGCAGAGCUCCGGGAGGGCUCUCGCUGGCAGCGAGAGAAUGCGAUGGGCAUCGGUGAUGUAUUCGACGCCGACGAGCUAGCGCUGCUCACGGAGGUGGCACGGAAGAGGGAAGCCGCCGCGCCGAACCCACCGGACAGCUCCGCCGCCGCCCCUGCAUCCUCGCCAGCCUCUCUGGCAGCUGCGAACCGUAACGACGUGCAGUGGCCACUACCAACGACUGGCGGUAACCCACGGAAGAAGAACAGCAAGAAGAAAAGGAAGAAGAACGGCGCCAGCGGGGCGUAG